GAAGAGGCCGGCCGGAAGCGCUGACGGACAGAAAGAAUCAGAAAGCGAAGCCUGAGACGUGGACUGUGGGGAGAGAGAGACAUGGCUGCCCCGAAAGCCUCCGUGGCCGCGGGAGGCCUCUCCUCCGCCGCGAAUAGCGGCACCAACUUGCUCUUCUCAUCGUCAGCGACUGAGUUCAACUUCACUGUCCCCUUCAUCCCGGUCAGCCAGGCCCCGGCGCCCCCACCGCCGCCUCCCCCUGGCCUCCUGCCCUCAGAUGAUGCCACUGAUGUUGGUGAAGAAGACAGCUUCCUAGGCCAGACUUCUGCAAAUCCUAAUCCUCCACCAACAUUCAAUUAUUUCUCCCAAGUUCCUAGCAGCAGUGAUCCCUUUGGAAGUAUUGGACAAUCACCCUUAGGAGUGACAUCUCCACCUCAAAGUGGGAUGUCUGUUUUCUCCAAGCCUCCAGUAUCUCUCCCGCUUUUGCCUGGAUCACAAGAUGGGCCAAGUACUUUCUCAGCAGCUCUUUCCAAAUCACAGUCUUUUAACACACCACCAACUUCGCUACAAGGAAUUGGUUCUUACCAAAUGUCCCAACAGAGUGGUCCUCCAGCAGCUGGCUUUUCAACUCCUCCUCAUGGCACAUCACAACAAAGCUACAACCCAUAUCGUCACACUACUAUAAGCAGUAGAGCCAAUCCUUACAUCACUCCACCACAGCUGCAGCAGAGUCAGCCACCCACCCAGAGCAUCCAGCCGUCACCUCCUGUACCACCCACCCAGAUGUAUUCAACUCCUCCAGGGUCACUACCACCAUCGACACUUCCACCUCAGGCCUCUAUGUCAGCAGGUGCACUGGUGAAGGCACCUCCCAACUUCUUGCAAAAUCAGUACGAACCACUUCAGCCCCAUUGGUUUUACUGCAAGGAGGUAGAAAACAAGGAGCUAUGGAUGCCAUUCAGUCUUCUAGAUUCUGCAGCUCUAGAGGAAGUUUAUAAUUCUGUGCAACCUGAUCCAGAGAAUGUACUCUUGAGUACUGAUGGAGGACGUUAUGAUGUUUAUCUCUAUGAUCGAGUUAGAAAAGCUGUGUAUUGGGAAGAAGAGCAAUCUGAAGUGAGACGGUGUACUUGGUUUUAUAAGGGAGACACAGAUAGCAGAUUCAUUCCUUAUACAGAAGAUUUCAGUGAAAAGCUGGAGGUAGAAUAUAAAAAAGCUGUUACCACAAAUCAGUGGCAUCGACGACUGGAAUUUCCAGGUGGUGAAACUAUUGUUAUGCACAAUCCUAAGGUUAUAGUUCAGUUCCAACCUUCUGCAAUGCCAGAUGAAUGGGGUACCACACAAGAUGGUCAGACCAGACCGAGAGUGGUAAAACGUGGGAUUGAUGAGGAUCAUGAGGAAAUUCCAGAUGGUGAAGUAUCUCAAGUUGACCAUUUGGUAUUUAUGGUUCAUGGGAUUGGCCCUGUCUGUGAUCUCCGAUUCAGAAGCAUAGUUGAAUGUGUUGAUGAUUUUCGGACAGUGUCCCUGAAAUUGUUGCAGACACAUUUCAGGAAGUCGUUAGAGGAGCAUAAAGUGAACAGGAUUGAGUUUUUGCCAGUCCAUUGGCAUAGUGCUUUGCAUGGAGAUGCAACAGGAGUGGAUAGGAAUAUAAAGAAAAUAACAUUGCCAACCAUUGGACGGUUGCGUCACUUCACCAAUGAGACUCUACUUGAUAUUCUGUUUUACAAUAGCCCCACCUACUGUCAAACAAUUGUGGAUAAAGUAGGAUUGGAAAUGAAUCGUCUGUAUGCACUUUUCAUGAGCAGAAACCCUGACUUUAAAGGAGCAGUUUCUGUUGCUGGACAUAGUUUAGGUUCCUUGGUGUUAUUUGACAUGCUGUCUAACCAAAAAGAUUGGACUUCUACAGUUAACUCUGUGGCUCCUGUUGCUCCCAAUGGCAUUGUGAAGGAUGUGGCUGAACAGCAGAUGACAGUAGAUUCUAAUCCUGCUGGUUCUAUACCGUCACUUUCGAACGAUGACCAUGGUGAUCAUGAUGUGGAAGACGACAUUCCAACCUUGCAAAGAACUCUGGAAAUGCUUAGUUUAUCAGAGUACAUAAGCACAUUUGAAAAUGAGAAGAUUGAUGCAGAAUCUCUGCUGAUGUGUACAAUUGAUGACCUGAAGGAAAUGGGAAUACCUCUUGGGCCACGAAAGAAAAUCGCCAACUUUGUAAAAGACAGAGCAGCCAAACAGGAACAGAAAAAGGCAGCACUGGAGAAGAAGGCAGCAAUGGAUGCUUUGAUACGGAAUCAAGAAGAAGCUGCUCAAGCUACAAAGAAGGUGGCAAGACUUGCUGCAUCUUCAGCCAUGGUUAUGCCUCAGGAUCCAUCCAAGAGGAGACUUUCAGUUGGAACUUCAGUUUCAUCUGCACAUAUAGAUUAUGAAUAUUUUGAAGUAGGCACUGGUCAGGUCUCUGUGGUAUACACUACACUUGACUUUGAGCCAGAAAUUUUCUUUGCUCUUGGUUCCCCAAUUGGUAUCUUUCUCACAGUAAGAGGGGUGGAAAGAAUUGAUGAAAAUUACAGAUUUCCCACCUGCAAAGGAUUUUUCAACAUUUAUCACCCGCUUGAUCCUGUGGCUUAUAGGCUAGAACCCAUGAUUAUUCCUGACUUGGACAUAAAACCUGUUCUCAUUCCACAUCAUAAAGGCAGAAAAAGACUUCACCUUGAAUUGAAAGAGUCUCUUUCUCGUAUGGGAUCAGACCUGAAACAGGGGUUUAUCAGCUCUUUGAAAAGUGCUUGGCAGACCCUUAAUGAUUUUGCACGUGCUCAUACCUCCUCUAUUCAGCUCCAAGCAGAAUUGGAGAAGGUGGCUAAUCAGAUUAAAGAAGAAGAAGAAAAGCACGAGACAGAAGCAGAAAAGAUUGUUGAGAGUCCAGAUUUUUCAAAAGAUGAAGACUUGAGUAUAAAAAUCGGUUUGUUAAAUGGUGGCCGUCGUAUUGAUUAUGUUCUGCAAGAAAAGCCUAUAGAAAGUUUUAAUGAAUACCUGUUCGCUCUACAGAGUCACUUGUGCUAUUGGGAAUCAGAAGACACUGCGUUGCUUCUCCUGAAAGAAAUAUAUAGAACUAUGAACAUCUAUCCUGAACAACCACAGCAUUGAUGUAUGGACGACUGUCUUUCUGAGCCUCAGCAUUUCUUGUCUUCUGGCUUGCCAACAAUCUUUUCAGGAGGCAGCUCCAAUUUGCUAGUCACAUAUGGCAGAAGUCGUUUCGGUCUACAACCUUCAGAUUGUCUGUUGCCUCUCUUUGUCAAUUAAGAAAAAACAAGCCAUGGUGGUUGAAAAAGAAAAUCAAGCCUGCUCUUCAGAGUCCACAUAUGUUUUCCCCAGACUUGAAUCAUUUGUGGAAUCAUUGCCAAGCAUAAAUGACUGAAAAGUGUGUGGCAUGCAAAUGAAUUUCUGAGAUGUUUUAUUCAGUAGAUUUAUCAGAUCUAUAUCUUUUUUCAGGGCUCUAUGUUUUAUGCUUAUUUUCUUAAGACAUAUUGUUGUUAACCAUCAAUUAUAACCAUUAGAUUUAAUAAAAACGCCAUUUUAACUGAUUUGUUUAAAAAUGUGAUUGACAUUCAAACUUCUUUAAUAAAGUUGACAUCUGUUUGUAUUUGCUGAAAUGACCAAUUUGAGCCAAUUUGUUAAAAUUAGUAAGCCCCAAACUGAUAUUUUAUAAAACCUUUCUGAGCCUCUGAGAGUGCGUUUUUGUUUUGUGUUUUGAUGCUUCUGUGACAUUAUUUUUCCUCUUGAAAGUGUAGGGCUGCAACAAAGUGGUUUAGUACUUAAACAUUUUGGACUCUGUGUCUCUGGAUGAGAAACAGAGAAGGAUAGACCAAAUAAAUUAGUUUAGAUUUGGUGGGGCAUGAGUCUACAUACAAUACAGUUUUUGAGCAUUGGAUUUGCAGAAAGCAAAAAACAUUUAUGGGAACCGAAGAGGAUUGUUCUGAGGAUCAGAUUCAGAGAAAGUUUCAGCAUUGCCAAGCACACCUCACUCUUUCUCAUGAAAUAUGUGAUAGUUUAAGAGAUACAUUUUAAAACACUGGGACUGCUACUGCUCUGCUGCUAUUUCUGAUUUAUUUUUCCUGCACAGUGUUCUUUUAUUAAAAUGGCUCAAAGUGAUAUCAUGAUAGGUUUUAUUUGCUUCUCUUGUACAUUUGAGAUUUUUUAUGGAUCACUAACAUUUUUCUUAACUAUAUCAUUUGGGAGGUGUAUCCAUAUUAUUUUUUGAUAUAAACUUGCUGUCUGGCAAAAGGAAGCCCAGAAUAGAUGAGAUGACACUGUAACUAAAUUUGACUUCUUCUUUGUAAGAACAGUGCAGUUUAAAAGUUUGCAUAGUCUUAGAUUAACAAGAAUUGAUUUAUAACAGUAGAUUAUCUUCUCUAUUUUACAUAUUUUUAUAAUUAUGAUAUUAUGGCUAAUAUUAAAACAUACUACAAUACUUAUUAAUAUUUCUAGCAAAUGGUUAUAUUCUUUCAAUUGUGAUACUCACUUUGUCACAGAAAGCAAUAGGGUAUUUUUCAUUGUUUUUUUCUCAUUUGGAUUGUUUGGGCUCUAUUUUUCACGAUGAAGUUUCCCUUCAGUCAUUUGUUAAACUAGAACAAAUUCUGUCAGAGGAAUGGAGGGUGAAGCGGCGUCUUGUCAAGUAGAAAAACAAGUGGGAAAGCCCUUCAAUAAAUCCUGGAUUAAAUUCGUCUCCAACUAGGUUUCAGAAUUGUACAAUUGGUAUUCAGAUCAUAUUGUAAGUCACCCUGAGUAAAAUACCAAAGAAUGAAAGAUGUGCACAAGUUUUCGAGAACUGACAAAAGUAUUAAAUGUGUGGAUUUUUCUGAAGCAAAUGUGUAAAGAUAGACCAAGUAAAUGUAAUGUGCGCCACAAAGUGAAAUACAAAGAUGUUAUUGCUUACAAUUUUUGAAUUAAAGGAAUUUGCUUUA